CGAAUCUUUCCAAAACAACCAACUCAAGAUACUCCACGCUUCGCAUACAAACCACCUCAUCUCGCUACGCUGUGUAUCUUCAUCACCAUACUAGAUCGAUUCGAGAAUGCAAUAGACUUCUUCACCAAUUGCCGCAGCAUAACUAUAUACCCAUAGCGACUACACGUUUGCGCCCACACUUUAAGUCGAUCAAAUCCGCAUAUUCUUCCUCGAGGCUUUACGUAAUUACCUAUACGCCCUCAAAAUGUCUUCCGACGCUACAUCUACCGGUGAAGGUCGCCUGCUCCUCGUUUCCAAUCGUCUUCCUAUCACAAUCAAACGAUCCGAGGAAGGAAAAUAUGAUUUCAGCAUGUCCUCUGGAGGACUUGUCAGUGGUUUGGCAGGUCUAGCGAAGUCCACCAAGUUUCAAUGGUAUGGGUGGCCGGGAAUGGAAGUUCCUGAAAAUGAAAUUCCUAUCCUCACGAAGCGCUUAAAGGACGAAUACGAUGCUGUUCCAGUCAUGUUGGAUGACGAGCUCGCCGAUAGGCAUUAUAAUGGCUUCUCAAACUCUAUUCUUUGGCCGCUUUUCCACUACCACCCAGGUGAGAUCACAUUCGAUGAAUCUGCCUGGAACGCCUACACGGAAGCAAACCGAUUGUUUGCGAAAGCUAUCGCGAAGGAUGUGAAAGAUAAUGACCUUGUCUGGGUGCAUGAUUACCAUUUGAUGUUGCUACCAUCUAUGCUAAGGGAAGAAAUUGGAACCACGCGGAAGAAUGUCAAGUUCGGCUUCUUCUUGCACACCCCCUUCCCCAGCAGUGAGAUCUACCGCAUUCUUCCAGUGCGCAACGAGAUCUUGAUUGGUGUUCUUCAUUGUGACCUUAUUGGCUUCCACACUUAUGAUUACGCCCGUCAUUUCCUUAGCAGCUGCUCUAGAAUUCUUGGACUGGCAACAACACCUAACGGUGUAGAGUUCCAGGGUAAGAUCGUGACUGUGGGCGCAUUUCCGAUCGGCAUCGACCCAGAAAAGUUCGAAGAGGGUUUAAAGAAACCAAAGGUUCAAGAGCGCAUUGCCACUCUAGAACGUAAGUUCCAGGGUGUUAAGCUGAUCGUCGGUGUCGAUCGACUGGACUACAUCAAGGGCGUUCCCCAAAAGCUACAUGCCUUAGAGGUCUUCCUCACUGAGCAUCCAGAGUGGAUAGGCAAGGUUGUACUGGUACAGGUUGCUGUACCCAGCCGACAGGACGUCGAAGAGUACCAAAACCUCCGCGCUGUCGUCAACGAACUCGUCGGAAGGAUCAACGGCAAGUUUGGAACCGUCGAGUUCAUGCCUAUCCACUUCAUGCACAAGUCCGUUUCGUUCGACGAAUUGAUCGCAUUGUAUGCUGUCUCAGAUGUUUGUCUCGUUUCCUCUACACGCGACGGUAUGAACUUAGUAUCGUACGAGUAUAUCGCCUGUCAACAGAAACGCCACGGUGCAAUGAUCUUAUCCGAAUUCACUGGCGCUGCCCAGAGCUUGAACGGCAGUUUGAUCGUGAAUCCAUGGAACACAGAAGAGCUUGCCGACGCUAUUCAUGACUCAGUGACCAUGGGAGACGAGCAGCGAGCUUUGAAUUACCAGAAACUUGCCAAGUACAUUAACAAGUACACUAGUGCUUGGUGGGGAAAAUCUUUCGUCAAUGAGCUUGUUCGUAUCUCUGAGCAGGCCGACAAGAAACUCAAAGUUCGCACCCUUUCGCUCCCGGACAGAUCAAUCAAUGAUGGCCUCACGAAUGUGCCCCAGGCCGUUGGGUCUCCAGUCGUGGAGAAGAAGGCUCUUCCUUGAUUUCCUGGAUGUCCCUAUAGAAUAUAAGUUUGCAUGAAGGCGUUGAAGGGCCAUUCAUUAACAGCGAGAUGAAGCGUUUCUGCACAUGAACCCCUAGAGAGUCUUAAAUACUUGUCUAUUCAAAUGAACAACUAUUACUAAAACAAAAUUUGUA